AUGCCCAGUAACAAGAUAUGCAUCUUGUGGAAUGGUUUCGCCUGGGAGGCCACCACGAAAAGAACCGAUUCCACUUGGGAGGAGCGCGAGGACAAGAUUAAAAGUGCUCUUGGCGAGUGUUUCCACCUGAUCCCCCGCGAUAAUCAAGGUCCAUUGUUCUUCCGACCGCAUUGGUACUUGACAGCUGCUCUAGUCGAGUCUAACAGGUCCUACAUUGAGACAAUGGCUAUUAUAUCUGCCAUCAUUCAGUUCAUGGAGACCUUGAAGGAGUUUCAUCAGCAGCGUGCUUGUGAAAACGAGAGUGUCCGCCGCCGUGGCCGAGAUUGGUUGAAGAUUAUCGGCAUACGAGCCCUUCAGUUGCUUUCCCCCCGUAAGAGCUUGCAAGCCAAUCCCCGUGGCUCAGAGAUCAUUGGGUAG